AUGACGACGCCGUUCUCUACGCCUUUGAUCUCAUGUAAGUCUUGCUGUGUCCCUGCCUUUCUGGGCGUUGACGCAUCGGCUGACACGCAGCGCAGCCUCCAACGCUACGGAGUCGCUUGGUUCGACGCCCUGCUCGCCCAGAACCCUCGCUGGGUCCGCGGCACGGCGACGCCAAACACGAUCCUCUCAGCCGCCAACACGACGCAGGCCGCCACGUUCACGUCAUCCAUCGGAUACCAGGCGCCGACAGGCAUCAACAUUACGCUUCCCGAGCAGGGCUUCUUCGUGUCCUGGCCCCAGACGGCCGCGAUCCCCAAGGAUGCGCCUCACCCCGAGGGCGCGAAGCUGCUGCACAGCUACAUCUUGUCGCCCGAGUACCAGCAGCUGCAGGGCUGGUCGGUGCGACGCGACGUGCCUCUGCCGGACGGCUUUCCCUGGGGCGCGCUCGAGACGCUCAACUCGACCAACACGGCCGCCUUCAUGGACUGGAUGAUGGACAGAGAGGAGGUCGGGAGGUUGAGGGACUGGGUCGAGAGACGGAUCGGCACGGCGCAGGGACUCAGCCCUCUCGUAACCAUGCCUGGAGCCCGUUCGCCUUCAAGGUGGAAGCCUUUUGCUAUUGAGAAUGAGCAAGUUGUUGGUGCUGCUUUGUCUUCUUGCGCUGUGUACUGUCCUGCUGAACUAUUUUCAAGGAGUGGUGCAGCAAACCAAGAUUGGCAGGCAGAGCAUGCAGGUCAUAUUUGUACAGUAUUCAGGGUCUUAGUGGGCCUCAUUGGGCCUCAUUGGGCCUAG